GAGAACUUAAGACUUCAGUCAAUCACUGCAUCGCAGCAAGCUAGGAUCUAGUUAAGAUCUGUACGCGACUUCUCGUUCCCUGAAAACUCGGUCCAUUUCUAAAAUGAAGGAAUUUGUGAUAUUUGUGCUACUACUUGCCAUUUUUGCGCAUGGGGACGCUAAGAAAGUUUGUAUUUUAUUCGAACAAAAAGUAGUUUCAACGACAACAACAGUUGACGAUCCGGUAAGCGCUUCAACAAGUGAAUCAAUUUCGAGCGUACAAGAUGACGGUGAGAUUACGUUGGGCACAGACUCGAGUGUAUCAGACGACAUUGUGAUUACGUUGGGCGAUGUAUCAGAAACAGCGGAAGAAAUAACUACUGUGAAUACGGAGGCUGUUUCUGUAGCUUCAAAUGUGAUUGAAUCCAUAUCAACAGAUAUUUGCGCACUCGAGGGAAUUACCUUGUUCGACGACCAAAAUGACCUACUUCGAAAGAUGUGUACAGUUAAACCGAGUGCGUCAUCGCUCUAUGUUGUUACCGUUCAAAAUUCUGUGGUGAAAUCGGACCUAUCACUAGCAACUCUCUGUUCGGAAGGUGCAAGAGGGUUACUGAGCUGGAUAUCAUGGCAAGAUUUCGUCGAUAAAGUUAAGCCUGUCCUCAAUGCAGAUGAACUUCCUCCAUUGGUUGUUCGAAACUCGUCCAUAGGCGGUCCAAGCGAAUCAGAGAACCAAGCUGAUCCCAUUUCCGAAGUGUUAAUUGAAGUGCUUCCCAUAAAAUAUAAACUGGUGAAUUUGAAACGAAGUGCGUGGACCAAUAGCACAUUCAUCAACACAGUGUCACUAGGGGAUAUCGUGAUUGAAAAUCCGGAAGAUGCCGAAAAACACAUCGACGGAGAAUUGACUUACAGUUUCCCGAUUCAAACCAACAUCACAUUUUUGUCCAGUUAUCCCAUCAACGGACUACCGGUCGAAUUGUCCGAUGAAUCCGAUCGAAGAAAAGAUUUUACAGUUGGAUCUGGCUCCUCUUACCUGUACAACAGCACGUUUUCGGUUGAAAGACUAGUUCCUGCAAACAAAAAGGAAACCGUGUCGCUAACGGCAACAUUAGGAUUGAACGAGUACGAUAUUGAAGGGAAAAUUAUUUCAAUUUUCGGUAAAAAUUCGGAUGGCUCAACCAUUGAAGAGUCGCAUUUCAUCAGUGCUAGGGUGGUGUCAUCGGAAACGUACAACAUUAAGGACACAUACAAUUUAAAUGACCACACAACAACCACCACAACAACUGAGGAUAAUACGCACAAAUAUGAAGAACUUCCCAUAGCAAUACCACACGUGAACGAACGGCUUUAUCCCGGUUUUAGGAAGUACUUUUAUGUAGCUCUCUUUUUAGUUUUAGCAACACUCUCCACGGCCCUUUUCAAUGUUGUUAGAACUGUGAGAAAAGAAAGGAAGGCUAAGAGAGACGGCAGACGAACGUAUCAAAAAAUCAUUCCUAAAAUUUAGCCUUACAAUUAAUUUCCUUUCGCUUUCAAGUUGUUUUUCCUUUGUCGUUACUGACUCUGUACAGUAUUGUGUUCGAUUAUGAAUGAUGAAGUAAUUCUAGUCACUUACCUUCAUUUAUAGAAAAUAAACAAAAAUCUAGUUAAUUACUU